AUGGCUCGACCUUCUCUUCAAGUCGGCGGAUACCUACUCCUACGCCCCGAAGAUGCCCCAGGCACGCUGACCCGUUUGGCUUAUGCGUCUAUCGUUGGCGUAGCGAGGGCCAAGGUGGUGGUGAAGCUUGCCGAAGACCUCAGCGACGACGGUCCCUCGCCGCGAAGUUACCGGUAUGGCCAAGUUCGAGGAUACUCCGGAUCUAAACUGGACAUCUGGACUGCUCAAGGCGCCAUGUCCGUUACACGACGCCAGCUAGUCGGCGAAGUGCACCCGCUACUUGCGAUGACCCUUGGGCACCAAGAUUGGCCAAAACGCGCGUGGCCGAAGACUCGGCUUCAGGAGCUACAUGAGCGUCUGAUGGCCAAGCUCGGGACGCUCGGAGCACCAGCGACUACACCACCGACAGCGCCAGAGUGGCUGCAGGAGCUAGCAUCCGACAUGGAUGUAGAGCGGCUUGCGACGGCUCAAGUGGAAUGGGUCAACGCGCUCUCCUAG